GUCCACACACAUACCACCAGUGGCGGUGUCAGAAGGGGGGGAUUACGAGGAGUCCGGGAAGGCAGCAGCAGAAACAGUGUCUGACGGGGUCCGUAGCAUUUUAACACGUUUGUUUCUCAAUGGAUUCUGAACCUCCUCCAAAGCCGUGGGAGAGACGGGUUCCAGGGAUGAUGUCUGCGCCUGUCAACUACAGGUCUUCAGACUUUGCACCGGCCUCAGGUCCCUCCACUUCUUCCGGCCCUCCUAUCCUGACCAGGAUGGUGCCCCCAGUUCCCCCUCGUCCUGUCCAGCAUCCCAUCCAGCAGUCCUACCGUCCAUCUUACAGCCCUUUUACCUCUUCUUACAGCCCCUAUGGGAGCUCGAUUUAUGGCGGCUACAGCCCCUACAGCUACGGGGUUGGUGGCUAUGGCCAGGGAGGGUACGGCCGCCUCUCCCACCAAGAAGACGUUGCCCCCAGCAGGUUUGUGCAGCAGGCAGAGGAGAGCAGCCGCGGUGCCUUCCAGUCCAUCGAGAGCAUCGUUCAGGCCUUUGGCUCCGUUAGCAUGAUGCUGGAUGCCACCUUCUCAGCCGUGUAUAACAGUUUUCGUGCCGUGCUUGACGUAGCCAACCACCUAACGCGGCUACGUACACACCUCACCCGAGUCUUGUCAGCCUUUGCUCUGGUGCGAACAUUGCGUUACCUCUACCGGCGGUUACAGAGGCUGCUGGGGCGGAGAUCAAAUGCAGAAGUUGAGGAUUUAUGGGCAGACAGUGCUACUGAUGCCCUUGCUACAAAUGCAUCCCCAGGGUUGGGAGCAGGGAUGGAGGAACAGACUGUCAAAUCUUGGCCAAUCAUUCUGUUUUUUGCUGUUGUUCUGGGUGGACCUUACCUCAUCUGGAAACUGCUAAGCUCCAGCCCUCAGUCCGAAGAAAAUGCCACUAACUGGGCCAGUGGAGAGGAUGACCAUGUCGUGGCCAGAGCAGAGUACGACUUCUCUGCUGCGUCUGAGGAGGAGAUUUCUGUGCGGGCGGGAGACAUGGUCAACCUCGCCCCUAAAGAGCAACAGCCCAGGGUGCGCGGCUGGCUGCUAGCCAGCGUGGACAGUCAGACCACGGGGCUUGUCCCAGCCAACUACGUCAAGGUACUUGGUAAGAGGAGAGGCCGUAAGCACGCAGAGAUGGAGAGGCUUUCUCAGAUCCAGCAAGCAAACAUGCAUGCCUCCCAGACGGCCUCGUCUCCACACCCACAACCAAAUGCCACCCAAGGCUUCACCCCAGGCCCUGGGUCAGCCUCCACCUCGCCUUCCUCAGAGGAGCUGCUAGAGUCAGUGUACAGAGAAACACCAGCUGCUUCCAGUGUGCCCUCCAGCACAGUGCUAAACAUUAAUGAGAAGAUAGACUUGUGAUGUCUAUGCAUAUGUUCAUACCACUACAUGCAGGUCUGUGUGUCCGUACUUGUUAGAAACCUUGAACUCAGAAGUUGAACUAAUAAUCAGCUGAUAAUAGAUUAUUGGAGAAACAUCAUGGACCUCACAGAGAAGCUCAAAGUAGUUUGUAGACACAAUCUAAACCUUCUGCUGAGGCAAUUGUUCAGAAUAGGUUCUUAAGAUCAUGUCUGAUACAGAAUAAUAUGUCAAGAUGUUCAGUGACAGAAGUUAUUUUAAUGUUUAAGUGAAUGAGGUGCGCUGAUAUAUUGUGUGACAGUGUAAAAACAAAGCCAGUGUGUUUGGUUUGAUACUGUAACGUAACAUUGUGUGGUCUUGACUUUACACUGUUUUCUCUGUGAAGCAAAUGGGAUUUGAUCCAGGUUGAGGGACUAAUUUUGCACGUUUUCAACAGCUCACAGGAUGUAAUUUGUAAAUAUUAAAUAUAGUAAUUUUGAAAAUAAAUAUAUUUCAAAAUUA